UAUAUACUUUCCAUUUCAUCUUCCACCUCCACACAUCCUAGCCAAAAAAUCACAUCAUUUUUCUUCCUAAAAAAAUACAUUAAAAUGAAUCUGCAGAUUCCAUACAUGAUUCCACUUCUCACAUUCAUCACACUCCUCUUCCUAGUCCGAGUACUAAACAAAAGAAUCAGAAAGCCCGGGAAACUCCCUCCCGGGCCGCGAAAGCUCCCGAUCAUCGGCAACCUCCACCAGCUCGGCAAACUCCCCCACCGCUCCCUCCAAAAACUCUCACAAACCCACGGCGAUCUCAUGUCGCUACACCUCGGAUUCCAACCAGCACUCGUCGUCUCAUCCGCCGAAAAAGCCCGCGACAUUUUCAAGCACCACGACCUCGCAAUCUCGAGCCGGCCCGCUGUCUACGCAAUUGGAAAAAUAUGCUACAACUUCUCCUGCGUCUCGUCCGCACCGUACGGAGCCUACUGGAGGGAGGCCCGCAGAAUCGUAGUCGUCGAGCUGAUGACGGCGAAGCGGGUUGAUUCGUUCCGCCACAUCCGGGCCGAGGAAGUGGCCCGGAUGAUCGAAUUCAUCUCGGGUACCGCUCCGGACCCGGUGGAUUUGAGCUCGGCGGUGUUUGCGAUGUCGAACAGCAUCGUCAGCCGCGCCGCAUUCGGGAAGGAGGGCGGCGGCGGCGGGGAUGGGAAGGGACGGAGUUUCUUGGAGAUUUUUCGUGAGGCGCAGAAAUUUGUGGGAGAGUUUAACGUUGCGGAUUAUUUUCCGGGUUUGGAUUGGGUUAAUCGGAUCAAUGGUGUGGACAGAAGGAUUGCGGAGAAUUUUCGAGAUUUGGAGGGGUUUUUUGAGAGGGUGAUCGGAGAGCAUCGUGAUCGGGCGGUGGAGGAUUCCGGCGAGGGGGAUAUCAUUGAUGUGUUGCUUCGAGUGCAGAAGCAAUCGGAGCUCACUGAUGAUCAGCUUAAGGCUAUACUCAUGGAUGUAUUCAUAGCGGGAACCGACACUUCAGUAUCAAUAAUCGUGUGGAUAAUGGCUGAACUCAUCAGAAACCCAACCGCCCGACAAAAAGCUCAACGACAAGUGCGAGAAAUCGCGAAAGGCAAACCCAUGGUGGAAGAAUCAGACCUCCCAAACCUCCCAUACCUAAAGCAAGUCAUCAAGGAGGCAUUCCGCCUCCACCCGCCGGCGCCGCUGCUGAUCCCACGAGAAACCACCGAGCCUUGCACCAUCGACGGCGGCAGGUACCACAUUCCCGCCAAAACGAGGGUUUUCUUCAACGUGGCAGCGAUGUCGACAGAUCCAACGGUGUGGGAAAACCCUAGGGAAUUCUCCCCGGAGAGGUUCGAGGAUAGCGGCGUCGAUUAUAGAGGGCAGCAUUUCGAGCUGCUGCCGUUUGGUGCCGGGAGGAGGGGGUGCCCCGGGAUUAGUUUCUCGGUUCCGGUGGUGGAGCUCACGGUGGCGAAUCUUCUAUUGCGAUUCGAUUGGAAGCUUCCGGAAGGAAUGUCGGAGGAGGAUGUUGAUAUGGAGGAAGCGAUUGGGGUUACAAUACAUAAGAAGGUUCCUCUUUGCUUGGUAGCUUGCUCGGUGAAUAAUUAUUGACGGUUUUGAUUUUUUUUGUUUACAGACACGAGAUUACUCAAACCUUCGAUCUAGUAUUAAAUUACUCUAUGUAUUUUACUUUGUACUAUUAUAAAUUGAACUAUUGUAAUAAA